AUCCCACGCAUAUGCAUCUCGAGACAGCUUCCCCUACCUACCUCCUCAAUCCCCCAUCUAAACUCUGCUCUACUAAUUCCAACAUUAUUUAAUUAUUAAUAAUACUAAUACUACCACAGCUUCAAUUAAAUUACCUCCUCCUCCUCCUGGUUCCUGCUGCUGCUGCUUGACUGAUGUUUAAGCAAAUAGAUAGAUAUAUACAUAGCUGAUGGCUUCUCAAAUAUGCAUGAACUCGUUGUGCGGCGCUCCUAUCCUCAAUUCCAGUUCCAGACUAGGCUGGCCUCUGCGAUCCGGUGCUGCCUUUGCCAUUCUUUGUCACAACUGCGGGACUUUGUAUGACCAGCUGGCCUUCUGUGACGUUUUUCAUUCAGAUCACACUGGCUGGAGAGACUGCAUUUCCUGUGGCAAGCGUCUACAUUGUGGAUGCAUUGCGUCGACCUCUUUGCUUGAGAUACUUGACACCAGCGGUGUCAUUUGUAUUAGGUGUGCCAAAACUUCGCCAAUUCAACCUUUCCUUCCACCUCAGAAUCAUAAUACAUCCAGAUCCAUGCCCCCAUCAGGAGAUACUAGGAAUAAAUGUUUAUCAAAGUACACCCAAUUAUCUGCUGGAUGUGGAUCACCCCUUGAUGUCAAAACAAAAACAGAUAAAAAGACUCCAGAGGUUGAAGAUGUUUAUGGAUCACCUGUGCAGACAGACUUGACUAUUUCCUUGGCUACUGAAUCUAUAACCACACAUUCAUUACCAAUUACGGCAUCAAAGCCUGUUCUUACUGCAGGACUGGACCCAAAUGCUAGGACUAUGUCACAAAUGCGUGUAGCAAGGCUGCCUGUUGAGGGACGAAUUAAAAGUCAGUUGCUUCCUCGUUAUUGGCCCAGAAUAACUGAGCAAGAGUUGCAGCAAAUAUCUGGAGACUCAAAUUCCACCAUUGUCCCAUUAUUUGAAAAAAUUCUGAGUGCUAGUGAUGCUGGUCGUAUCGGUCGUUUGGUACUCCCGAAAGCAUGCGCAGAAGCAUAUUUUCCACCAAUCUCUCAACCUGAAGGCAUUCCCGUGAGAAUUCAAGAUGUAAAGGGAAAAGAAUGGGUUUUCCAGUUCAGAUUUUGGCCGAAUAAUAACAGCAGAAUGUAUGUUUUGGAGGGUGUGACUCCUUGCAUACAGUCCAUGAAAUUACAAGCUGGAGAUACUGUAACAUUUAGUCGCAUGGAUCCAGAAGGAAAACUUCUUAUGGGAUUUCGCAAAGCCUCGAAUAAUAUUAUAAUGCAGGAUUCCCAUUCCACUGGCAAACAUAACGGGUCUUUUGCAAGCGAGCCUUUCUCAUCGAGCGAUGUUGAUAAUCUACCACUUAGGAAUGGUUACUCUGGUCUUCUCCAAUCAAUGAAUGGAAGCACAGAUUCUCAUCUAAAGGCAUUUUCAAAACAUUUCAGCCCAUCUAGUGAAGAUGCUUGGCACUUCACUGAUAAGCAUGGAGGCCGGGGGAUGAUUGGUUCCUUGGCACCGACAUUGCUGGCUCCUGAGAGGAAGAGAAGUAAAAAAAUUGGGUCAACGAGUAAGAGGUUGCUCAUUGAUAACCAAGAUGCCCUAGAGCUGAAACUCACUUGGGACGAAAUACAGGAAAUGCUACACCCUCCUGCCAGUAUGCAGCCAACCACUGUUACAAUUGAAGACCACGAAUUUGAAGAGUAUGAAGCGCCACCUGUUUUGGGAAAGAGGAGCAUUUUUACUUCCCGGUCAUCUGGGGAGCAAGAGCAAUGGACGACAUGCGAUUGCUGCUUUAAGUGGCGAAGGUUGCCAUCUGAUUUCCUUCUCCCUCCCUUAUGGAGAUGUCAGGACAAUGUGUGGGAUCACAGCAGGUGUUCAUGUUCUGCACCAGAUGAAUUGAGCCCUUCGGAACUUGAUCAACUUCUCAAAAUGAACAAUGAUUUCAAGAGAAGGAGAAAUGCAGUUUCUAACCAGAUGCCAACACAGGAGCAUGACACCCCUGGUAUACUGGCUGGUAGCUCUGGUCAAGAUGAUGUGAGUGGUCCAGUUGCUACCACGACAAGACAUCCUAGACAUCGCCCUGGUUGCUCUUGCAUUGUAUGCAUCCAGCCUCCUAGUGGCAAAGGAAAACACAAUCCGACAUGCACAUGCAACGUAUGCAUGACAGUUAAACGCCGUUUUAAGACCCUAAUGUUGCGUAAAAAGAAGCGUCAAUCAGACUUGGAGGCAGAAAUCGCUCAGAGGAAUCAUUUUAUAUCUGCUCCCAAGGAAGAAGUGGAAGUAGACAGCACUUCUAGGCAAGGUCGGUCUCUAAUUAAUCUCUUAGAUGAUAAGAGUAGAUCAGAUAGUGAGCCGCAGGCUAUGGAUCAAAGAAACGAUCGACCAGGAAAGGUUAUUGAUACUGACACAGAUGAAUUAGACUUGAAUUGCGACCCUGGGGAGGACUUCCCAACCAAGUCGACCCGUGUAAGCAUGAUGAGACUUCUCCAAGUGGCUACCCGGCCUUUAGAGACGUAUCUGAAGCAGACUGGUCUUACUAGCUUAAUAUCCGAGCAUCAUACAAGUUCAGGAUCACCUGCCCUGCCACAAGCCGCUACUGAGAGUGAUAGACAGCCUCAUCAGGACCAAUCUAUUGAACUGGAGAUUCAGGGGAAGGAACCAGAAAGUGAUGACCAUCUUUCCGAACCGUAUCAAAAUGGCACCGACCAAUCAUAAAGGUGUAAUUAUGUUUUUUAUUUUACUAUGUGCGGCAUUUGAUUGGCUGAAUUCUUUGGUCAUCUUGGGAUUGAAUUGGCAUAGUUUUGAGGAGAGUUGCCUGGAAGGAGUGGAGGAUGGGGUGGAACCAUAUAAUGCUUUAGUAGGACAUCUCACACGAAGACCUUAUUCAGUUGAUGCAAUAGAUAUAUUUUUUCUCAUGUUAGUCGGAAUAUAUUAUAUUUUUUCUUUUUCUAAGAAAACACUGGGCGAGUUGUGAUACACAUGGGAGUCGGGAGCAGUUGAAUAGUGCAUGUUAAAUAUAGACAGUUUGUUUGUAGUGUAAAUAGAUAAUUGUUAAACUUUGAAUUUAACGAAAACAAUACAUGAUACAUCUUGGCUUUGA